UGUUGUUUUCCAACAAUGUAUUUAAUAUUAUAAUAAAUUCUCAACUUUUGUUAUGAUAGUACGACCACAUAACGCACGAAGAACCAGUAGCUCAGACUGCACGUGUAAUACUUCGUAUGUAAAAACAAUUGUUCGAAGUGACAGUAGUGAACUCGUGGACGAAACCCAACCUCCUAUUCUUUGAUAUGAUGUAAACGUAAAUUGCCAACAGAAUGCAACAAGUUUGCAAUACUAUUUGAAUCUAUAAUUCCAAAUGGUGCACUUUAUUAAAACGAUUUAAUUUUAUUAGAGAUUUUCCAUUUAUAUUACGUUAAUAAUAAAAAUACUGGAUAAAUGGGAUUAUUUGUAUAUAACUACAUAAUAAAUUUCGCACAAUAUAUCCCUAAAAGUUCUGAACAAAAAUGAUAUUUUGAGAUAAUCGUGGAUAAAGGGAUUUUUGAAUAAAUUGAAUCGGUAAGAAUGAUUAACGAUCUGUUUUAUUGAUACGAAGAUUUAAUUUCGAAUUUCUUGCCGUAUCUGUCAAAUUGACAUUGACCGCAGUCAAACUUGUUGGUGCAAUCUCCUACUUUACAACCAUGGAGUGGUUAUUUGGAAAGCGAGUUACCCCUGAGGAGAUGCUGAGGAAGAACCAAAGAGCUUUGAAUAAAGCAAUGAGAGAUCUCGAUAGAGAAAAAAUGAGGAUGGAACAACAGGAGAAAAAAAUUAUAGCUGAUAUAAAAAAGCUUGCCAAAGAUGGGCAAAUGGAUGCUGUAAAAAUUAUGGCUAAAGACCUUGUAAGAACCAGACGUUAUGUGAAGAAGUUUAUGUUGAUGAAAGCAAACAUUCAAGCAGUUUCUUUGAAGAUUCAGACAUUGCGUUCACAAAAUACAAUGGCACAGGCAAUGAAAGGUGUAACAAGGGCAAUGCAGAAUAUGAAUAGGCAACUGAAUCUCCCCCAAAUUCAAAAGAUAUUACAAGAGUUUGAAAAACAAUCAGAAAUAAUGGACAUGAAAGAAGAAAUUAUGAAUGAUGCGAUAGAUGAUGCAAUGGAGGAUGAGGCAGACGAAGAAGAAAGUGACGCCGUUGUAUCGCAAGUUCUGGAUGAACUGGGUUUACAAUUAACAGACCAGUUGUCUGGCUUACCACAAGCCUCAGGUUCGUUGAACGUAACAGGUUUGAAGCAACCAGUUGCAACAGCUGCAGGGAACGAUGAUGCUGCAAACCUUGAUGCCGAUGCUGAUUUGCAAGCUAGAUUGGAAAACUUACGGCGCGAGUAAACCUUUGUAUACACUUUAAUAAUAGUUGAGCGAUGUAUAAAAUAUGUAAAAAAGAAGAUUGAUCUUGUAAGCAUAUUUCAUUUUAUACGUUUUAUGGUUUUAGUUGAUUCAAUCUUAUAGAUUAUAAUUAUAUAUACAUAAGAAUGUUAUUUCUACAGUUGUGCUUAAAGCGAUUUCUUUGAAAUUGAUACAUACAGAAUGGCACCUACUAAUUGCCUACAGUAUUUAUUAAGAAAAUGUUAAGUUUAAAAAAAAAAAAAGUUAAACAAGUUUAUGCUAAUGUAGAAAAAGUCAGUGUAUCUUACUGUUCCUGUGCACACUUUUUGCACAAGAAAUUUUGUAAAGAAGUCUUACACAGAACUGCUUAGCGAAUAUACAUACUGUAACAAAUACUUACUGUAUUUUGAUAAUUACAUGUACAUAAUUUAACUUGGAAACUUUUUACCUUAUGUAUAUGUACAUACGUUUUUUCUUGUUUUAGCAUGUAUUCUAUACUUUUUGUUAAAGUGUUUGAUAAGUAAUCUAAUAGCUUUCAUGAGAAAGGAAAGAAAGGGCAACAAAUUAUAUAUGUAUUUCUUUACAAGAAGAAUAGCGAAGUGACCGCGAUAAAUAAUAAGUUUUUACACUGUUUUUACUAAAACACAUUUCAGUGCCUCACGCAAGACUUAGUUUUGAAAUUAAUAAUAUUUAUGAGAUGCAACCUUUACAAUAGUAUGUUUAUAAACAGCAGUAUAAAUACUAUAUGUCAAUAAAGAUGUUAAACGAACUGCAUUGAAUCAAAAUAAUACAAUAAAAUUGUUAAUCCUGCAUAAUAAAACAGAAUUCAGAACAUUCAGA